CACCCCCCCCUCCUCAACAUCCCAAGCGACGGGCGGCCCAAUGGCGCGCCUGAUCCGGCCGUCGAGCUCCAGGGAUCGGAACUAAAACGAGUAAAGCAUUCGAGAAGUGAUUCCAUUCGAUCGAAAUGGGAAAAUCCAGGCAGCCUCCCCCCCACCUUUUUAUGUGACUGGGAGUUUGGGGAGGAGCACCCUGUUCGAUGAUGUUGGUGUUACAAUGGGAGCUGCCUAUGUCAACAUGUCACACUGCAGUGACAGUUCCCUGCCAGUGGCGGUGCUACAGAGCCUCGGCCUGCACCACAGAGUAAAAGUAACUCCAUCCCAGUUCUACUUCCGCUCUUCACAAUAACCAUCUCCACAUUCUGCACGUGCUGUGCGACUGCAUCUAUCGGGAGCAGCGGACCAUCAUAACGUGGGAGGAUGCUUAUGACGGUGCAACCAUAAUGUACUACGACCUGGCGAACAAGAGCUUCGUAGCGACACAGCCUUUCGCGCAGGGACAGGCAGACAGACGCAAUUCAAACGGAGACUUUGUUCAGUCCGUCCCUCAGCAGAUUGGCAGUCUGUGUGAGAAAAUUAAGCAAACGGCAAUCUUAACACACGUCAGCCAGCGGCAAAUAGCCCCCACGUCCGUCAGAGCCUUUAUGGAGGAGCGGACCGGGCAGAGGUCGUUGCUGUGUGAGGUGAGAAAUUUUUUCCCAGCGGAUGUUACAGUGAGCUGGCUGAGAGACGGCGUGGUCAUUGCUGACAGUUCGGAGAUGGUGAGGGUCGUGCCUCAGAGGGACCAGACGUACCAGGCCUGGAGCCGUCUCACGCUGAGGGGCGACGUGGGCGGUUCGUAUUUCUGCCAAGUGGAGCAUCAGGCCCUCACCGGGAAACUCCUCGUCCCGCUUGAAAGUGACCAGACCAUCACUAGUGAAGCAGCAUUGACCAUCAUCGGGGCAGUGCUGGGCCUCCUGGGAUUGAGCUUCGCACUGGUCGCUGCCAUUCUCUACUGCCGCUUCUUCAAUCGUUGUUCCCGAGUCUGUGUAAACCCAACAGCAAAGUUCACCAGCCGCGGAGGAGUUCCAUGUCGCUCCAAGCUGUGUAACAGCAGUGUCCGAUCCAGCAGCUCCAACACUUCCAACACCAGCACCACGUCAGCUGACAAUCUGACCAAAACCCACGCCUGACCUCCCGGUUCUCACAAACGGAUUCGGUGGAGGCGGGGGUGGGGUGUGGGGCAUGAUGGCAAUACCUGGAGUUGGGACUCGGGGUGUCACUGUGUACACACAUCAUCCGUCAGGAUCUCCCCAAAGCACCAGGAGAGAGCGUGAAGCGGGGAGACAGAGGAUGGACUGUUUCACCAGCAGGACUACUGGCCUCAAAUUAAACCUCCCAAUAACUGUG